GUCGUCGGCUGGUAGGAGGAGGACGAAGAAGAAGGAGGAUGUCGUCAAUGAUGAUGAGUUGUUGGACCCCGCCACUCGUCGAAGGAGAGCUCUUGAUCGUGCGAUGGACGAAGCUAUGAAGAAGCCGACGAAGAGAAGGUUUCGCAAGGCGGAUGGCAUCGACUUGGAACAAAUGGCAGAUGCGGAGAUCGAAGAUAUGCGCAAGCGCAUGACCCACGCUGCGCAGAUGGAUGCUAUCAACCGACGGGAGGGCAAACCCGCCAUGCACAAACUGAAGAUGCUUCCGGAGGUGGUGUCGCUUCUCAACCGCAAUCAAUACGUGAACAGCUUGGUUGACCCAGAAAUCAACCUCCUGGAGGCUGUCAAAUUCUUCCUGGAACCGUUGGAUGAUGGAUCCCUGCCAGCCUACAAUAUCCAGCGCGACCUGUUGACUGCGCUGGGAAAGCUCCCGAUCAAUAAGGAGACCCUGAUUGCGAGUGGAAUCGGCAAGGUUGUUGUGUUUUACACGCGCAGCAAGCGCCCGGAACCAGGAAUCAAGCGCAUGGCUGAGCGACUGCUGGCGGAGUGGACGCGCCCAAUCCUCCAGCGAAGCGACGACUACUCCAAGAGGGUAUAUCAAGAAGCGGAGUUCGAUCCUACGUAUGGUCCCCCUUUCUCCUUUGCUCUAUCCUGAUGUACAUUCCCACUCACCAAAGUCUCUAGAAAACUCACGGCACGUACUCAAUCAGUACAAGCUACAGCUGCUGAAACACGUGCUCGUGAACUUCUUCCUCCCCGUCUUGCCAACCGUGCGCGCGCUGAAAUCACCCAUACCAGCUACACUGUGGUUCCCCG